UUUGUUUGUGUGUUUGUGUUUGUGUGUGUGAGAGAGUAUAUAUCUAUGUGGGUGAGUGUAUGCGUCAGCGUAUGAGUGUGUGUAAGCUUAUAUAUAUGCGUGUGUGUGUGUAUGUGUUUGUGUGUAUGUGCGUUCGCUAGCUAGAUAAAAAAAAAGGAGGGGGGGGGGAGGGUAGGUUAUAUAUGGAUGACAAUGAGUUCAAUGUCAGUGUGAGCGAAGGGUGAACAAAUAAAGUUCUUAAAGAACAGCUGGAGAUACUGUACAUACAACAUCGGAUCCUAGCAAGAUGAAGAAUCUUCUCUGCGUAACACUCAUCCUCAUGUCAUAUUUUGGUCUUGGCCAUUCGAAAUACUGCUACGCGUGCACCGACUGUGUGAACGUUGACACGACUGUGCCGACGGUGUCCUGCCCCGCCUCCUGUCUCUCCACGGUUAUCUGCGACGGAUACCGCGUCAAGACAGUGUCCCGGAUGUGCAGCAGCACCAACGAGCCCCAAGGAUGCAUGAACAGGACGAACUCCGCCAACUGCUACUGCAACUACGACCGCUGCGACGCUCUCCUGGGACGCAACCCUUGCAACAACGCAACGAACAGUGUCGUUUCCCUCUCCCUUGUGGCUCUGACAAUGUUCGUGGCCAAGAUCUUCCACAACCCGUUGUGAUUUUGAUUAUUUUUUCUGUCUGAGUUGUUUUGCUGAUGUUUCUAGUUUCUCCAUGACUUUCUAUUUCCUUUGUAUUUUUUUUUCUUUUUAAUUAUAAGAAGAAUUGCUUGUGAAUGUUAACGCUGCGCAUCUAUUCCUGUAGAUUUUUUAUAGGUACGAUAAAUCAUAUUUCAAAUUUUAGCAUAUUCAGACAUCAUAUUCUUUCUAAAAUAGGAUCUGACGGCUAUCGGGCUUUAUUUCUCAUCAUGUCAUCUCAGUUCGUCGAUCAAAGUAUACUGUUAAGUUCUGAUAUUCAUGUCAUAACAGUUUUGCAGCUCUUUAAGUCUCUAUCAUAUAUAUAUUAGUUUACCCGUCCAUACUUGCGAUGUGAUGAUUCCCAUUUUCUAUGACUUAAGUUAUACUAAUCGUAGAUUCCAUUUUCUCUAAUAAUUUACUCUCAGUAACUUAACAAAAGUAGUAUUUGCUAUCAUUAGGAAAAGGAAAACUGUGGUAGAAUUUAACCAAAUUUCCGGUAAAUCAUGACAAGGUAUGAUACUAUUAUUUUUUUUUUUGUGAAAGUUCUCUCUGUUUUCCUUGAUAACAAAGUCUGAUUAUUUAACUAAUAAAAUACUAAUACCUGAACAACCCAGUCAAAAGUAUUUGACUGGUUUUAUGUUUAUCCAGAUUCCUUUUUUUCAAUGUAUAUGUAUAAGCAUUUAAUCAAUAUAUGCAUUGAAAGCGA